GGAGGAACAAGCUGUCGAAUACGCUUCGCUGAAAAAAGAACUAGAUCAAACAACAAAGAACUGUAGAAUAUUGUCUUUCAAGUUGCGGAAAUCAGAAAGGAAAUUGUCGCAAGUAGAAUCAGAGAAAGCCAAAUUAGAGACACAAUGGAAAAAGAUUUCAGAAACUGAGGCAACAUCGAAUGCACAUGAGCAAUACAAAAAAUUCAAUUAUUCUGUUUUAUCUCGACUCAAAGAAGAAUCACAGAAAAUUCAAAUUGAAUCGUCAGAGUCUAAUAUAUCUGAUGGAAUGGCCAAUGAACGUAGUUCAAAAGAUGAAAGAGUUUCAAGGGCAGCUUUCACCAGAGGAGGGUCACAAGAUGAUUCUGCUCAACUUCUGAGAGAUCUUCAAGAUUCUCUCGAACGGGAAGCUGAUCUCAAGGAGCAACUGAAAUUUGCUGAAGAAGAGGUAUCAUAGAGUAUAUAUAGUAGUAGUAUAUAGAAUUUGAGAAAC